ACAAACGAACUUUCCAUAUUAACGUAUAGAACAUUAAGCUUAACAGAUUCUUAGUCUACAACAGACUGCAAUCAUGAAACAAAACCUAGACAGACUAGUCAUAUUUUUCUGCUUAAUUAUGUGUGUCCGAGGUGACCUUUGUACAUGUGCCAGUUACGUAAUUGAAGAAGGAGGGUUUUCAGAAGAUAAUCUUGUGUACAUAAUCACAUAUGACCAACCGUUUGUGAAAUGUGCACAUGACGGACUAGAAAGCUGUAAAAACUUUUGUUUCGAAUCUUGGUAUUCGGCUACUGAUGGAGGUGAUUUGAACGUUAUUCCCCCUGGUGGUGACGAAACAGUGGGUCAGCUGUCAUGCAGAUACUUAGGUCGAGAUGUCGCCGGUUUUAAGAUAGGCGUCUUUUCCCAGGCGUGUGGAAGUGAUAUGUACGACACCAAAUUGCGCACGAAGCAGAGUCUGUGUUGUUUGGAUGGUAGUCACAUUCAAUGCUGAAAAUGUAAACACCACAAAGAUUUAAAUGUCAUAUAACAAAAAAAAACAAAAAAAAAAACGUUUGUUAAUCAC